UGCAAGCGUGCCGCGGCGCGGCCAUGCUAGUGAAUGGAUCCGAUGAAGAGUGCGACGGUUGCGUUCUCCGUGGAGGCACUGAUGAGCCCGCGUCAGCAACACCCGGUUUACCCGUCGCCGUUCUUUUGCAACUUGGUGUACCCUGGACUUUCCUUCGGACACGCAGGAGGGAGUUUUCCGUUUGUGCCGCAGGACCUGCUCGGCUUCUACAGGCCGGGUUUCUUUCCCUUUGCGCAUGCGGCCGCUGCAGCAGCUACUGCACAGGGCGGCGACUCUUCCCCGGCGUCUAGUCCUUCUCCAUCGCCGUUAGAGUUGACUACAACGUCAUGUGGUCUGUCGGACAGUGAACUUUCCGGGGAUCUCAAGAGCACAGAGUUCGACUGUGACGUACCUUCCAAUGGCAGUGGCCGGGGCAGCACUGCCAAGGUGUCGCCGGGCGGCAGUCGAAGAAGAAGAACGGCCUUCACGAGCGAACAACUCCUGGAACUUGAGAAAGAGUUCCACUCCAAGAAGUACCUGUCGCUCAGUGAGCGGUCACAGAUCGCACAUUCACUGCAGCUCAGCGAAGUCCAGGUGAAAAUCUGGUUCCAAAACCGUAGGGCGAAGUGGAAGCGUGUCAAAGCUGGCCUUGCAUCGGGACGCACCACAACUGGACCUCAGGCGGGGCCUAAGAUCGUCGUUCCAAUCCCAGUUCAUGUCAACCGAGUGGCAAUUCGAAAUCAGCAGCUCGACAAAGCACCGACCGCACCGAAAGGUUCAGGAGAAACGCAGCUGACGUCCUCUGUGAGGACGGCGUUCAAGAGUCCGAGCUUCGACCCCGGGGUUUGAGCCGCGGAUGGGGCCGCCUUCCUCUUGUACAUAGCCCACAAUUCUUCUGUUGUUAAUAUAUUUCUCGAAACCUACUCCCUCCUGUCUACCUUAGGGUUUCGCAGUAUAUACAUGUCUUUGGUGUGUUCUUCACAAAUUGUUGAUCUACGCGAUUAUAAAUUAUGAAGUCUUAUGAAAA